AUGAGCGUCGUGGUGUUGUACGAUGGGCGUCGCAAGAAGAUCGCCGUGACGGCGGGAACGUACAUGUCGGACGUGCUGAAGAAGGCAUGUGACGGCUUUGGUCUGGACAACAACGACGGAUUUCAGUUGCACCACAAGGACAAGAACGUCGAUUUGUCGAUUCCGUUCCGGCUGUCGGGGGUAUCCGUGAAUGCUGUGCUCGAGGUGAAGGAAAGAUGCAAAAGUGCACUGAGCGAUGUGCGAGUCGCCAUCCAACUGGCGGACGGACGGCGGGUGCACGGUUCUUUCUCUCCACAAAUGACGGUGGCAGACAUCUUGGUGCAACUGGCGGUUCCCGUCGACGUAUCAUUAAACUACAUGCGACGCGAUCUCAGCCCAGACGAGCUCUCCUCGGUGACGUUGCAACAGCUAGGACUGCUUAGUGGCUCGGUCAUCUUUCGUGUCAAGGUGGAUGCCUUGGCCAUUCCUGUUGCUCAAGCUGUAUCCCCUGCAUCUUCAGCGGCCCAAAGCGCAAACACCAUCGCGCAAGCUGGUCCUAUUGCUCGCCCCUUGUCGCAAGAGACUGCUGUGGCAGAUACGGUCGUACCGCAAGCAUCCACGUACGAAACGACGGAAGAUGUUGAGAUGGAUUUGAGCCGCCAGGAAGUGUCGACCAGCAUCGCGCCAACAGAGGCUACCGUCAAGAGCUUGAGCUCGUAUGACGCGCUUCAGCUGGUGCGAAACUCGUGCUUUGAUGCGGUCUCGACAACCGUCGUGACCACCUUGAUGAGAAUUGUGUGCAAUGUGCUGUCCAAGCCAGAGGAGCCUAGAGUCCGAUCCAUUCGCGCCGGCAAUCCAAAGUUUCACGACGCAAUCGGCAAGCACAACGGCGGCGUUUUGUUUUUGGCUUCGAUUGGGUUUUCUUUGAAUGACGAAGGGUACUACGUGCUGCCGUCCGAUGCCGAUGCAUCUCUUUUGCAUCGCGCGCUGGAAGAAUUGCAUGAGCAAGCGGACGAUCUACGGAUUCCGCCGGGAGAGCGCCCGGCAGUCGUCGUGCAAGCCGCAGCCCCCGUCGAGUUUGACGCGUACAAGGCUGUUAUCACGCGCGUGCAGGCUCAACCUCGUGGCAUGAGCAUCACGGAAAUGCGUCUGGAAGACCUCAAGCGAAAAGAGGAAGCCAUCUUGGCCGUCAAGAUUCCGUCACGAAAGCCUCGCUUGUUGGCCCAAGCAAUGCGUGCUCGACAGGACGAGGCUGAAAAGAAUCAGAACUUUCGGACGUCUGCGAUGCGGGAAUUGGACGAACUGCAGAAGAAAACGGUGUUUCAGAGCACGGUGCUUCGCGUUCGCAUGCCCGAUCAAGUGACAGUACAAGCGACAUUUCACCCGCAUGAGACGAUGGAGGCAGUGGCGCAACUACUUCAAGAGUACUUCUUCAAGGACGGCCACUCGUUCUCGCUGUAUGUGACGCCCCCUCGGCAAACGCUGGCGCUGGAUGGGGCGGCGACGCUAGCGCAGCUCAACUUGGUCCCUGCUGCGUUGGUGUAUGUGCAAUGGAAAACACCCGCUCUAUCUCGUGCUGACAUCGGCUAUUACCUCCGCGCGUCCGUGGUGGACGAGUUGUGCGAAGAGACCAAGGACGAUGACGUCGACAGCACCAUGGAGUACCCAGCACCGCAGACGCUUCAAGACAAUGUUGCCAAGGAGAAGAAUGUGAUUCCCACGAUAACCACCGCGACGGCGCCCUCAAAAGCUACGUCGAAGCCUUCGUGGUUCAAGUUGUAGGUCAUCAUAAGCGAGUCGUACAAGUUGCGACGCAGGUAAUGCUGUGAGAUGCUUUGGCUGCCACAUUUUCUACCUUCCUGUCGUCACGAGGACUGUUCGCUGUACUCGACUUGCUAGCCGAUGACGAGAUAGGCAUUCGCCAAGAGCCAUCGCCGCUCGUCGUCGUCGUCGGGGAGCUUGAGCCAAACGUAAAAGACGACUUGUUGCGUCGGUGGGGACGUUUUGUUGUCGACCAUGUGCACGGGAAUCUCAUGGACGUCGGUUUCUUCCUGGUCGUAGCUGAAUGGAUCCGUCACAUCUGUGGUUUUGGUCACUGUCAUUUGAAUUGACGGCAACUCUUCGACCACGUUCAGCACGGACGGUUUGGUGAGCGUGCGGGUCGAUUCGUUCCAGGACGCGUUGUAGACGACGAUUCCUGACAGCGUGAUGUCGGAGGAGGUCGAGGUAUCGGCGGUGGCGGCCUUUCGAAGCUUGAUGCGUUGCUUGGCGAGGCGGUAGAUGAGUGGAGAUCGAACGUGCAGCGACUCGGCCACGACAAAUGACGUCCGGAGGUGCUCCCACGA